CAACCAUGGCUGCUAGAACGAGGCUUGUGACUGCAACGAUGUUCCGUCCGUAUCGAAGGUCUGGAUGGAUUAGCAAUAUCUCAGGGUCUCCUCCGACUGUGCAUGGGGCUCCUUGGGCCUUUACUCGUACCUGUGUAUGCGAGCAAAAACUCGAGGCGUGUUUGUGAACAUAGGCCACUCCCCCGUGUCGUCCUCACGGGAUGCCCAGCCUCAAAGAAAUGUAAGCGGCGAGCUCUCCCAAAUGGUAGCGCUUCCUCCUGUUGGGGACGAGCACUCGGGUGCUUGUUCGGCUCCCCUUCUGCAUGCAGCCACGACCCAUUUUGCACAUGUACAUUCACGUCUCACAGCCUUUCCCUCGAACAUCCAAUACUAAUAACUCAGUCGGCGUAUAUAAUGGCACCGAGAGGCCUUUCAGCUGAAGAGAAGAGAGUGCGCUUGCUGGAGAUUUUUCAUGAAACGAAAGACUUCUUUCAACUCAAGGAGCUGGAGAAGCUUGGUCCGAAGAUGAAGGGCAUCGUGUCUCAGUCUGUGAAAGAAGUUCUGCAAUCUCUGGUUGAUGAUGGACUUGUUCAGGCCGACAAGAUUGGAUCGUCUAAUUUCUUCUGGAGCUUUCCGUCUCAGCGCGGAGCUAUGGUAAGCUCACCGCUGCGUCUGUCUUGCCAUAGCAUUCACAACACUUUUCUGUUCAUCAGAUGCAGAAUAGACUGA